AUGUCGGAGCCAACCAAUGCGCACCAAGUUGUGCGCAUUCACAUCUCAACCAAUGAGCAGGUAGGUGCUCGCAAGCGCUUGCGACGCGUUGUAUGCCCGAGAUGUGCCUCUUUCCGAACGCCUAGCCUGUCACCCCGGGACACCCUAUUUAUCGUCGUCGUCUCUGCAGAUUCUUGCCAACAUCUACUCGUCCAUCCACUCACCCACCCACUUUACUACCACCUCGACGAGGAGUGCAAUCCUGGUGGUCGUGCGACUAGUCGUUCAAUGGAACCCCACGAGGAGGAGAUAGAGGACGUGAGUGUACGAGAAUGAGAAGGGUACGAGGAGGAGGAGGCGGAGGAGGGAGAGAAAAAUGCAAAGACGGGGCUUUAG